AUGACGAUGAUGGUAUCAAAACUUCCAAUUGAUUUGGUGGAGGAGAUUCUCUCUAGGGUUCCACUUAAAUCUAUAGGAGCAGUACGAUCUACUUGCAAAAAGUGGAACGCUUUAUCCAAAUAUGAGAGUUUUAGAGAUAAACACAUAAGCAAAACAUCAAGGGGAAAAGAGUUUCUGAUGAACACGAGAGAUCAUAGGGUUUAUUUGAUCAACGUCAACCAUUACAAAACUCACGUCAACAAGUUUGAUCUAUCCGUGAAGCGUAAGGGUACACUUAUGACUCGAGAAAAUUCAGGUGAAGUAAUAUCUAUAAGAUGGAUUAAGUGGCCUAGUGGCCGAUUUGAAGAAGAUCAGAUUGCGUUUGGAUACGACAAAUCCUCUUGUGGUAUCUUUGUGUCUUUGAAGGAAGACUAUUACUCGUAUGCUAGAGAUCAGGAAUCACAUGGUUUCUUAAGAGAAGAGCAGCUUGGGCUGUUAGUAAACCGGUCCGACACGUAUAAGAUGGAGGUUUGGGUUACCAAUAAAACUGAGCCGGAUGCUGUCUUGGACGAACUUCCUCAAGGUUGA